AUGUUGCAGGUAUUCGUACUGCUGCAAGUCGCACUCUUGUCGUUUCGUAUCGCAAAUGCACAGCUGCAUCCGUCUACUCCCGCGCACUAUCGUCGGCUGCCUUCCCUUCGUGAGCAAGCCGCCAUCCUCGAUAUCUGGCGCGAUGAGCGGCUAGAGACUAUACCCUCUCUGUUGAGCAAGUACAGAAUCGACGCUUGGCUAAUCAGUCAGCGCGAAUAUGCUGAAGACACCCUGUGGUGGUCGGUGAAGGACGCGACGGAGUACGCACCCCAUCGGCGCACAGUUUUGCUGUUCCACACGAACACGUCUUCCCUGGCCGGACGGUCCAACCCGAUACGAUGGGUCGACAACACGGGCGACGUCUGGCCGGAGCUCCGGACCAUCUUCGACUCCUACCGGCCGCAACGGAUCGCGCUGAACACGGACAAGUAUAUCGCGUUCGGGGGAGGCCUUCACGUCGGCGAAUACGAAAACCUGAUGGAAGAGCUCGGAGAGUGGACGGAACGCGCUGUCAACGAGCCCAUGCUCGGGGUCGAAUAUAUCGCAGCCAGGGUCCCUGGUCAGCUGCAGUACUACCGGGACUUGCAGGAGACGACUUGGGCCCUCGUCGAGGAAGCGUUUAGCGAGGAGGUCGUCACCCCUGGAGUGACCACCACUGAGGACGUCGAGUGGUGGUUCCGCGAGAAGAUGCUCCUCCUCAAUGUGAGCACAUGGAACCACCCUCGCGUCUCCGUGAUCACCCCAGAGUCCUUCCCAGGGUGGUCAGGCACCAAGGAUGUCAUCCAAGAGGGCGACCUCCUGCACGUCGACUUCGGCAUCACUGCUAUGGGUAUGAACACUGACGUGCAGCACAUGGCGUACGUCCUGCGGACGUCACAGAACGAGACCGACGCCCUUCCUGGGCUCAAGGUCGGCAUGCAGAAGGCCAACCGCAUGCAAACCAUCGUCUUGGAGAAUAUGAAGGCUGGUAAGACUGGAAACCAGGUUUUGCAGGAGUGCUUGGUCCGGAUGAAGGCCGAGGGUAUCCGAGGCCAGAUCUACUCCCAUCCCAUCGGCGAUUGGGGACAUGCGCCUGGAGCGGUCAUGGGAUUCACGAACCUCCCUGAAUUCGUUCCGAUACUGGGUGAGCUCCCCAUCCUCCCCAACACGUACUACAGUAUCGAGCUCUACGCGUACCACUUCGUGGAGGAGCGAAACGAGACGCUCCGCUUCCGAGUGGAGGAGAACGUCUUCUGGAACGCAACAACGGAGAAGUGGCAAUUCGUCUACGGCCGCCAGGAGCGAUACCAUCUCGUGAACGCCACACACCCCUCUUCAUUCCAAUUGGAAGCCGAACCGCUGCUUUUUGUUCAGCCGCGAUGA